AUGCUGUUGGCAGCUCGCGCUCGGCUGCUGCGAACUCCUGCCGCCCGUUGUGCCUCCAUUGCAACUCGCUCUCUCAACAGCAAUGUCACUGCCGCUUCCACACAAUUAAACCGCCUCCAAGUGGCAAAAUCCCGUGCAUUCUCGACGGUUGACGGUCCCAAAGACGACGAUGGAGAAGUCAAGGAAGAGCUCAGCCUAGAAGACGACGACGACCAGAACCAGCCAAACGAUAGCGAAAUGAGUCCUCUUGAACGUCUCAUGCAGCAUGCGCAGCAGUUUCAAUUGGAGGCGGAACUGGACGAUAACGACGAUGACCAAGGCGAUGACGCUACACCGGAACGCUCUGAAAGCGACGACAUGUUUGCCAAUGAAUGGAAUGCCAUAAACGACAGCGCCAAGAGCAAAUCCAACAGCGGAAGCUCUGGCGUCUUUAAGCGCAACACGUUCCGUCGUCGGGGGAACUCGGACCGUCACUGGAAACUCGGCCGACGUGCCGAAGGUCACGUCAUCGGCAAGGACACGGACGAGAUCGACUACGACGCCGAGCUGGAGAACGUCUGGGACGACGAGCAACUUAAACAACGUAAGUUCCACCAAGCUCUACGUCGUGAAGAGGACAAAGACCACAUCUGCACCAACUGCGGGGAGCGUGGUCAUCAAGAGGAAGAAGAACCAGAAGCUCCGAAAGAAAGCCGCCAAGGCAGCAAACAACCCGAGCAUGCCACGACUCAAAGAGUUGCCCACCAGUGA